CCCUGUAGAGAACUUCAGAAGUUGCUACAUUCCUUGAUCCCGGAGUGUGUGUUUGUUUGGGGUUAUACAAAUCUGAUCUGUGGGGGGGCUGCCUACGGUGGAGAUAAGGUAGAAGACAUCCCUCCGCAGUGAGAGGAGACCUCAUCGUGAGUACGUGACGACAUCUCUGAGAAGGGGAACCAUAACAUUUAUCUUCCAAACGAGGACACUUCUGAGAGCAAAAGGGAGAUCCAUGAACAUUUUCACCAGGACAGCAGGCAUAAACCAGAAUGUCCCAGGCAAGGGGGUAGAUCAUGGAACUUCUUGAUAUAAAACCUGCCAGAUGACCAGGAAAGUCCACAUACUGGGACAAGUGUGAGUUGAGCUGUUUGGGACAAGGAUGGGGGCAUCAGAGGAGGAAAUGGGCACAGAGAGUAGCCUGUAAUCAACCAAGGGUGCAGAGGUGUUAUAUAUAAUCGCUCUUCAGGGAACCGGGCCUCCAGCCCACGCCCCAGCUGCUCCCCCCUCCUCUCCGAAUUGACUGUCCGUCCCUUCCCUGGAACUCCUAAGCCUGACCCUGCUCCCUGCCCCUCCCAGCCCACGGUUCGCCUGACCCCACUCCCUUUCCCAGAACUCAGUCGUCUGAGCCCCCAGCCUGCGGUUCACUCCUAGGCCUCAGCCUUUCCUGCCUUCGACUGAAACAGCAGCAUCUUCUAAGCCCUGGGGGCUUCCCCGGGCCCAGCCGGGGCCUAGAACCCGCCCGCCGCCUGCCACGCUGCCACUGCAGCUUCCUCUAUAAAGGGACCCAGGCGUCCGGGCCCAGGGGCCCCACAGAGCAGGUUCUCCCCAUGACACCACCUGGAAGGCUCUACCUCCUGCGGGUGUGCAGCGCCCCCCUCCUCCUCCUCCUUCUGGGGCUGCUGCUGGCCCUGCCGCCUGAGGCCCAGGGGCUUCCUGGUGUUGGCAUCUCACCCUCAGCUGCCCGGACUACCUAUCAGCACCCUCAGAAGCACUUCGCACAAGGCACCCUCAAACCUGCUGCUCAUCUUAUUGGAGACCCCAGCACCCAGAACUCACUGCGCUGGAGAGCAAACACAGAUCGUGCCUUCCUCCGCCAUGGCUUCUCCUUGAGCAACAAUUCCCUCCUGGUCCCCACCAGUGGCCUCUACUUUGUCUACUCUCAGGUGGUCUUCUCUGGGGAAGGCUGCUUCCCCAAGGCCACCCCGACCCCUCUCUACCUGGCCCAUGAGGUCCAGCUCUUCUCCUCCCAGUACCCCUUCCACGUGCCUCUCCUCAGUGCUCAGAAAUCCGUGUGCCCAGGGCCACAGGGACCUUGGGUGCGCUCUGUGUACCAGGGAGCUGUGUUCCUGCUCACCCAGGGAGAUCAGCUAUCCACUCACACAGAUGGCAUCUCCCACCUACUCCUCAGCCCCAGUAGUGUCUUCUUCGGAGCGUUUGCUCUGUAGAAAUCUCCAGAAAGAAAACUAAUUGGUUUCAAGACCUUCUCCCAUUUUGCCUCCAUGCUGACGACUUCAAGGGUGUCACCACACCUCUUUCGACCAUUCCACGUGUCUCAAGUCUCCCCUGCUCAUGUUACCUGGAGCUUCCAAAGAAGGAAUUCUAGGCAGCCCGGGGGACCACACCCAACUGAACUACACCAAUGUGAGGCUGAGGAUUUCAAGUCUGCCUAGAAAUUCCCACCAGAGCUCUUCAUCUGUCCUGCCCAUCUAAGGAAGGCCUGGCCUUGCACGUGGAGGGAGCAGACACAUGGAGGAGCUUGAGUGGAUGACAGGAGGCAGGGGAGGGGGGAUUAUUUAUAAAGGGAAAAAAUUAAAUUAUUUAUUUAUGGAGGAUGGAGGGAAGGGAAUAAUAGAGGGCCAUCAGAAGAGAGAGAGAGAGAGAGAUACACCCAAGAGAUGAAGAACCAGAGAACAUCAGCAUAAGGAUAACCCAGUGAGAGAGAAAACAAGUGAAUCUGAGACACCGGGGAGCUCUAGAAGGCAGAAAGAAACUCUUAACAUCCAGCCACUGCUUGACUAGACACCCCAUGAGGAGACAUCUGCACCUUCAAUGAAGCCCAAUAAACCUCUUUUCUCUGAAA